AUGUCGAUCACGGGAAGACUACUCUCAUGGACCUUAGUUCUAGAUUCUCCGUGUGUUCGUAGUUGCUACGAUGAAGGGAAACGUACGGCAGAGACGCUGACCAUGGACUAUCACAGAGGUGCCAAUGUUGAGGUCAGGAUUGCUAGGAUCUUCAACACAUACGGUCCAAGAAUGUGUAUAGAUGAUGGGRGUGUGGUCAGCAACUUUGUUGCACAGGUUAAAUCAUUCCAAGAGUUUCAAGAACUGAGCAUGGAAGAGCGUUCUAAACUGCUCAGAGAGGUUGUGGGUUUGUCAGAAACCGAUGUUUCAGACAUCGAAAAGGUGUUAGAAAUGAAACCUUCUCUGAAAAUAGAAGUCACUUACAAAACAGAAGGGGAAGAAGGUAUUCAAGAAGGUGACGUUACAACAGUUCAAGCUUGGAUCACUCUGAAACGUUCCAAUGGACUCAUAGGCGCGAUUCCUCACUCGCCUUACUUCCCUGUUCUGAGUGUAGCCAUUACGGGAGAUACUGUUCUUUUAAAAUUUGAGAAAUCAAAAAUUGCUCUCAUCGGUGGUCUUAAACGUGUAGACGACAUUAUUCCUAGCUCAAUUGGGUCACAGAACAAGAACUUGGUUGCGUUAAAGAAAGGAAGCACGGGUUUUGCUGAGCACGAUGAUCAUCUUGAAGCUAAGGAGUACAAGCAUUUAGGUAGUGGCUCUGGUUUGGGGGCUUGUGAGGCUGGUUAA